GCGCGCUCCCUGGCGGUCCUGUCAACAUGGCGCCGGUGGAGCACGUCGUGGCCGACGCCGGGGCUUUCUUGAAGGACGCGCCUUUGCAGGACAUCGGGAAACACAUCUACACCAUCCGCGAGGUCGUCAGCGAGAUCCGGGACCGGGCCACGCGCCGGCGGCUCGCCGUCCUGCCGUACGAGCUGCGGUUCAAGGAGCCGCGCCCGGAGUGCGUGCGGCGGGUGACUGAGUUUUCAAAGAAAACUGGAGACUAUCCCAGCCUCUCAGCCACAGAUAUCCAGGUGCUGGCGCUUACUUACCAGUUGGAAGCAGAUUUUGUUGGGGUGUCUCAUCUGAAACAAGAACCAGAAAAGGUUAGAGUGAGCUCCUCCACUCAGCACCCAGAAAACCCUCUGCACAUUUCUGGUUUUCAUCUGCCUUCCAAGCCUAAACCCCGUCCAGAAACGUCAGAUCACGGAGACACGGCUGAUGGUCCUGAGAGCGUGGAAUUCAGUUCCUUUGUGUUCUGGAGGAGCCCCCUGCCUAACAUUGACCGCGAGCUGCAGGAGCUGCUGAUUGAUGGAGGGGAAGAGGAGGAGGAGAGAGAAGAUGGAUUCGAAGAUAGGAAAGAAGACAGCGAUGACGAUGGGGGUGGGUGGAUAACGCCCAGCAACAUCAAACAGAUCCAGCAGGAGUUGGAGCAGUGUGACGACCCGAAGGAUGUGCGGGUCGGCUGUGUGACCACAGACUUCGCUAUGCAGAAUGUUCUGCUACAGAUGGGGCUGCACGUGCUGGCGGUGAACGGCAUGCUGAUCCGAGAGGCCCGGAGCUACAUCCUGCGCUGCCAUGGCUGCUUCAAGACAACGUCAGACAUGAGCCGCGUGUUCUGUGCGCACUGUGGGAACAAGACCCUGAAGAAGGUGUCCGUGACCGUUAGUGACGAUGGCACCCUGCACAUGCACUUUUCCCGCAACCCCAAGGUGCUGAACCCCCGCGGCCUCCGGUACUCACUGCCCACUCCCAAGGGGGGCAAGUACGCCGUGAGCCCCCACCUGACGGAGGACCAGCGCUUCCCGCAGCUGCGGCUCUCCCGGAAGGCCAGGCAGAAGACCGACGUGUUCGCCCCGGACUACAUCGCCGGCGUGUCCCCCUUCGCGGAGAACGACAUCUGCAGCCGCUCGGCCAUGCUGCAGGUCCGCGACGGCUCCUUGGGAGCGGGCCGGAGACGACUAAAUCCCAACGCUUCCAGAAAGAAGUUUGUGAAGAAAAGGUGAAGCUCGACGCCCCGGCGCUCGCUCGGGACGCUGGGACGCUGGCGUCUCCUCCAGCUGCGCGGGCGGCCCGUGAAGCAUCGGGAUGGGAGCAGGGGCUGCGCCACCGCCUGCCUAGGGCGGCUGGGGAAGCCGAGCCCACCUCGCUCCAGGCCGCAGGAACUCCAUGAACACAAAGGGAGCGAAGCUCAAACCUUCAAAGGAGGGAUGUCCAAGUUGGCAGUAUUUUUCUAAUAAACAAGCUCACAAGUUGUUGCA